AUGGAAGGUUCACGUAGCUUUAAGAAAGAACAUGAUAAAUGUUCCGGAUGUGAAAACUUCGACCGGUGUACAGAUUGUUAUUCUGAAAAAUUCCUGCCUGUUAAUAGCGGAAAUUUAGAUAUUGAUAAUUUAAUUAAAGCAACACAUAGAAAUAAUAUUCGAUAUAGAUUAGAGUGGAUCCCAUUUGAAGAUUUUACGGAUGUCCAAGAAGUUACAGAGGGCGGAUUUAGUACUAUAUUCACUGCUAUAUGGAUAAAAGGAAGAGUUACAAGUUAUUUUGGAGAAAAACUUAAUCGGAAAGGUCAUAUGGAAAUUAUAUUAAAAGUCCUUAAAGAUUCUCAAAACAUAAACUCGGCAUUUAUAAAGGAGUUACAUAAUAUUGCUAAAACACAACCCAACUCCUCUAAGCGUAAUGUU